AUGGAGCCGCCGCCAACGCCUGGAGGCUCAGCCGCCCAGGACAUCUUCUCUGUGUUUGAGCAAGGCUUUGAUGAGGAGGAGGAAGAAGACGAUCUCCCGCGUCAUGAAUGGCCAACGAGAUCUCCAGUUCUCCCAGACUUACUUCCGUCCCCGGAUUUCCCAGACACGUCGCCCUCAAAGGUAUGGGGCAGGUCGACAUGGCCAAGCAACGACUGGUCGUCACCAAAACCUGCAGGGGCCAGCUCUCCUGGUAUUGACCCGCGAGAUGCCCUCGUUCACCGUCUCAAUGGACUCAUCUCUCGUAUCGGGAGCGACUCUGUUGUGGACGGCGCUGGGAUCUCCACCCUGCACAACAUGGUUGACAGGAUGGAGCACACUCUGGUUGAAAACAGUCGGCCAGGCACUCGAGAGAGCCAGCCCUUAUCGUCACCCGGCUUUGACCGGCCUUGGGGCUCAGGGGUGGGAUCAGCGGAGGGAGCUCACACGGCGCCGGCUCGUCGCCGUCAACAACACAAACGGCGCAAUCAUGUGACGGCAGAGAUCCGCGAGCAACGGAUCGCCCAGGAAGCACGGGAGAUCUCUGCCCAGAUGGAGGCUGUUGCAAGAUCAUUACAGGAACGACAGGAGGAAACCGAGCACAUUCACGCCAUGCUGCUCACUCGCCUGGAGCAAGCUGCCGACAAGAUUGUACGCCUGGAGACGAGGGUGGUAGAGCUUGAGGGCGAGCGCGACGAAGCUGAGAUGGACAUCUUGAAUCUGCAGAUUCACAUGAAAGCAAUCGAGGUGCAAAUGCCGAAAAACAUUGAUGCUGAGCUGCGGGAGAGCAUCUCGACGUGGAAGGCGGAGUGGUCGGCGCUCAAGCGCAAACGCAGCUUGCGCAGAACGAGCAGCCACGUCCACAACAGCAGUUCUCACACGCCAUCGGCACCAACACCACGGAGGACCAUGACUUCUCCUGGCUGA